CAAGCAGUCACUCUUCCGCUUUCAUCAUGGGUAUUCCGGUGUUCGACGACACUUUGGAAGACGUUUCCAAGCUGUCAGGGCCAGAACAGCUCAUCGCGCAGUUCGGGCGCCUUCACAUUCUAGAUGACUUGAUCCGCCUGCGGGCAUCAGAUGCUAUCCAGAAGCCCAUUCUGGCUUAUCCCAAGCCUUCGCAGGAUGGUUCCCCAGCUUCAUACGAGUACUUCACGGGGCAGGACCUGGACUGCAUGGUCGACCUAGCCGUCUGCCAACUGAUGGAGUAUGGUUUCAAACCGCCUCGCCGUGACGGCAGCAUCGUCGCCCUUUUCACCCUCUCAGACCUAAACAUGGUCGUCACAUUCUUCGCCCUCAGCCGUCUCGGAUACACCGUCAUGAUGCUGUCUCCCCGUCUCUCCCCCGCCGCCUGUGUGUCUCUUCUAGACACCGUCGGCUGCGACACGAUCAUGUACGGCCAGAAUGCUAGCAUCCGAUCAACCAUGGGCGAGAUCCUUCGCCUCAAGCUGGUAGCAUGCCGGCCCAUGGUGCAGCGCGCAACCCUCGGGGAAGUAGCCGACGACUCCACAUUCAUGGUGCUCCAACGGCAUCGCAACCCGGAGCUCCAAAAGGAGAAGAUUGCUCUCAUCCUUCACUCGUCCGGGUCCACCGGAAACCCCAAACCCCUCUACCUGAGCCACAAGGCCUUGAUGACCCACCCCAUGAGGGGUCCUGGCCUCACGUCCUUCAACUCCCUCCCGUGGUAUCACCUCCAUGGCUUAUCCACUGCCCUACAAGCCAUGUACAUGAAGAAGACUGCGUUCAUGUGGGACGCAGCACUACCUUUGACAGCCAACACGGUUGUGCCUGCCCUGGAGGCAGCGCGGCCCGAGUCAGUCCAGGGCGUUCCAUACCUCCUUCAACUGCUUGUAGACAGUGACAGGGGUUUGGACGCGCUCCGAGAAUGCAAACUAGUGACAUAUGGCGGCGCGCCGUGUCCAGACGAGCUGGGCAAUCGACUGGUCGAUGAACGAGUGCGAUUUGGCGGGUCUUUCGGCUUAACCGAGGCCGGCCUGGUCGCGGAAUCCAUCUCUCGCCCCGAGGGCGAUCCAUUCUGGAACUACUUGAAGUUCUUCGAGAACAUCCAACCGUUCAUAUGGAUGAAGCCUAUCGGUGACUCGCUAUACGAGUGUGUAUACCUCCAGGGUCACCCAGCUCUGACCUCAUCCAACUCCGACCAACCCCCAGGCUCGUAUCACUCGCGGGACGUAUUCACACCACACCCUACGAUCCCCAAUCGGUGGAAGUACAUGUCGCGACUGGACGACCGAGUCGUCCUGCUCAAUGGCGAGAAGGUCCUCCCGUUGCCGAUUGAAGGGUGCAUCAAGCAGAGCCCUCUAAUCCACGAAGCUGUCGUCUUUGGCGUCGGCAAGACUGUCCCCGGACUGCUGGUCUUCCGGUCGGACGACGCCCACCAAUUUUCUGACAAGGAAUACAUGAGCUUGAUCUGGCCCUCGAUCGAAGACGCCAACUUGCGCGCGGAGCAGUUCUCACAGAUCUCGAGAGACAUGGUUGCUGUCUUACCUAGUGGCUCCGUGUGUCCCCGCACGGACAAAGGUUCCAUGAUCCGCGCCCAAGUGUACGCCAAAUAUGAUGGUGUUAUCGACGAAAUGUACACGAGGGUGGAGCAUAGCGCGGAUGGGUUACUGGAGAUGAGCCUUGAUGAGACCAAAUUCCACCUUGUGACCCUCUGUCGGGAAGAGCUCGGGUUCCCGCUAUCAAGCGUCGACGGGGAGUUCUUCGCAGAGGGUAUGGACAGCCUGAAAGCCAUCCAUCUGCGUCGUCUGAUCCUGCGGGAUUUCAGGAUCGAGGACAGCAAGCGGAUCGGGCAGAAUAUUGCCUUCGAGACGGGGACUGUCUCCCGAUUGGCAGAGCAUAUCGUUGCCGUGCAAAGCGGGCAGGAGAGGGUGGUCAAGGAUGAGGUAUCGCUGAUGCCGGGCCUCAUUGAAAGAUAUUCCACCUUCCGCAAACACACACCCAACCCGAGACGCGUUUCUAACUCCAGGAGCGUGGUCCUGACCGGCGCGACCGGCUCCAUGGGCGCUCACAUCCUCCACAAGCUCCUAAACGACGACUCCGUAUCGGCAGUCUACUGCUUAACACGACGGAGCCGACCAACGGAAGCAGUCCUGGACGCGCUCGCACAAAAGGGCCUCUCCGUCCUACCGCACCGACGAGAGAAAAUCAUCGCACUGAACAGCGCUCUGGACCAGCCCGACCUAGGCCUCGACGAGGACAUGCUCAGCCAGAUGAAACAAUCCGUCUCACUUAUUAUCCACACAGCAUGGCCAGUCAACUUCAACCUCCCACUCCUCAGCUUCGAACCUCACAUAAAGGGCGUCCACAACCUGAUCAACUUGUCCCUAUCAGUGACGCUCCCCUCCCCAGCCGUGAUGCUCUUCUGCUCGUCCAUCUCGACAGCCCUCGGCGCGUCCUCGCGCGCUGUAGACGAAACACCUAUCAACGACCUCAACAGCGCGCUCGAGAUGGGCUACGGCCGGUCCAAGCUAAUCGGCGAGCACAUCGUCAGCAACGCGCGACAAGCCGGUGCGCGGGCCUUCUCGCUCCGCAUCGGACAAGUAUCCGGUCACUCCAAACGGGGAUUGUGGAAUGACUCUGAAGCCAUGCCGCUGAUGAUCCGGUCGGCACUGACACUUCAGGCGCUGCCUGAGCUCGACACAAGGUGCUCGUGGCUCCCCGUCGACAAGCUGGCUUGUUCAAUGCUGGAGAUUGCCAAAGCGUGCGCCGCGAACUCGCUUGAGCCACGGGAGCGCGACCCCGCGACAGGGAAGCUUAUCGACGACACGGUUUACAAUCUGACAAACUCUCGCACGUUUUCGUGGGCAGAGAUGCUCGGAGCGCUGCGACGGAGCGGGUUUCAAUUUGAGACGGUGUCCUUCGACCGGUGGCUGGAGCUGAUGAAGGAGAGUGAAGCCAGAGGAGAAGAGGCUGUCAACCCAGCUGUGAAGCUUGUUGAGCAUUACCAGUCGAUGUACAGUGAAGAUGCUCCUUCUUCUCCUUCUUUCCUGACAGAGAAGGCCGAGCGGGACAGUGUAACGUUGAGGAACGGUCGGUUGAGAAUUGUACAGGAUGGGAUUCUCGGCCGAUAUGCACAGGAUUGGUUGCGUCGGUGGACGACGAUCUGAUCUCGAUCUGAUCAUGAC